AUGAAGUAUACACUAGAAAUUGGUUUCGAUCCUUCGAUCUCACCCCAUCCAUGGGAUGCGUUGGAUUCGGUGGUCGAUCCAUUGAGGGAGUUCGCCAAGGAUAGCGGUCGCCUCGUGAAGAGGUGCCACAAACCCGAUCGCAAAGAGUUCGCCAAGGUCGCUGUUCGCACCGCUGUCGAAUUCGUGGUGAUGGGAUUCGUAGGGUUCUUCGUGAAGCUCAUCUUUAUCCCCAUCAACAACAUUAUCGUUGGAUCUGGUUAGAAACAAAAGAUGGAUUUCCACAUGAUGGUGCUCCAGGACUCGGAUAAAACAGAUUUUAUCUAUUAUCUUAGUUCUCUCUCUCUCUCUCUCUCUCUCUCUCUCUCUCUCUCUCUCCCCUAUUGCUUUACUGCAUUUUUGAAAAAGGAAAGAGUGUUUUGAGAUCAAUGAGUUUACACUAGAUUUUGGCAAUUGUAAAUAUUAUUUUUGUGAAUUUUUUAUUCUUGCUCCAAUCCAGCAAGGAUUAUUCACAUAUGAUGCUCAAUAUGUUGACUAACUCAUUAUUCAUAGAAUUUCUAUCAAUUU